AUGGAAGAAAUGCAACUGCCUUUUAAAAAAAAUUAUGACGAAACAAAAGAAACAGAGAUUAAUAUCUCUUUAACAAACAAUAAUGAAAAUCAAAUAGGAUAUGAAAAAACAGAAAAACAAUUAAAUACGUGUGCGAGUAGCGUUCAAGAAGUGCUACAAAUAAAAUCAGAAAUUUAUGAUAACAUUCUUAAUAUGUACAAUAAAGAAACAAAAUCUUCUGAACAUAAUCACAAAAGUAAAUCAAAUAUUGGAGAUAAUAAUUUUAAUGAUCAAGAAAAUGAACAUACGUCAAUAUUUUAUCAACAUAGUUUAAAAAACCAAAAAAAAGAUUACCAGGAUUAUAUUCUAGAUGAAGAAAUAAUCAAUGGAAAUUUAGAAAAUGAAGAUCCAUAUGAUGAAAAUAUUUAUCAACAAGAAGAAAAUAUAUAUACAGACCAAUACGAAUAUAACAAAAUUCAUGAUGACAAAAUAGAGGAAGAUAUAAUUCUAGAUAUAUAUAAAAACACCAUAGAACAUAAAAAGACAAACUUUUUGUGUUUAGAAGAAAUUUUAAAAAACAUUAAUUUAAUAUUAAAAAAGCAAAUUGACCUUAAUAAUAGCAACGAGACUGAAAAAUCGGAGAGGCACAUAUUAUUAAAAAAUAUUUACCAAAUAAAAAAACAAAUCGAAGAUAAAUCCUUUAAUUCCUUAAACAAUAAAGAUUUCAUCAAAUACUUUAUAAAGAAUUUUCAAAAAGAAGAAAGGCGUCUAAGUGAACUCAAAUUGAAUGAACAAACAAAAAAAGACACCAUAAAAUUUAAUAUAUCAUAUAAUUUAAAUGGAAAUAAAAAAAAUGAUCAUACAUAUAUUAAACAAAACAAUGAACAAUUUAAAGAAACAAAUAAAAACGUUCAUUUAUUCCUGUCUCAUUUAAAUCAACUAGAAAAAAGCAUUCUUACAUUUACUCAUUUUUGUACAAAUAUUUCUAAUCAAACACAUACCGAAAAUAAUAUUUAUUUAAAUCCAUUGGAAAAUAAGGUUUAUUUAUUUGUCCAAAACCCAGAAGCAAUGAGACUGGUUCGAAAACUUGAAAAUAAUAUGAACAGAAUAAAAAGUAUUUGUUUACACAUUUGA